AUGCGUAGUGUCGCCGCUCAUUGCACCAUUGAAUAUCGAUUCGCCAAAUCGUCGUUGCAGGGAGCCGGGGAGAUGGAGACUGGCGUGGACGCGGCCCGCUUACUCGUGCUCCUCUCGCAGCAGCAGCAGCGCGGCGGCGUGGGCGCGGGCGACGUGCAGCGCGGAGGCCGCGAGUUCGAGUGCAAGACGUGCGGCAGGCGGUUCCCGACGUUCCAGGCGCUGGGUGGGCACCGCGCCAGCCACAGGCGCCCCAGGCCCUACGGCGCGGGGAUACGCCUUGGGCGCCGGACGCUGGCGGCGCACGAGGGGGAGGGCGAGUGCGUUGCAGGACCGAGGGUGCACGGGUGCCCCGUCUGCGGGGUCGGGUUCGCCGUUGGGCAGGCGCUCGGUGGGCACAUGCGGCGGCACCGGACCGCGGCAGCCGAUGCCGAAGCCCUCGGCACCGGGGACGCGACGUCGGUGAAGGAUGACGACGUUGGCGCCGACUGUAACGGUGGCAUCUGCUUGGACUUGAACCUGGCGCCGUCGGAGAACUGCGCCAAGUGCCGGAAGAACGCUGUGCUCGGCGACACGGAGCAGGGCGUACAGAAAACGAUGAUUUUGGAUUUGCUCCCUAUUAGAAGUCAGUGAUCCA